ACUAAGCGAGGAGAGCGGUUUUAAGUUAACAGCGUGUCUAGUAUUGUUAAACUCGGUCGGGAAACUCUGGUAUAAACACGGUCCGAAAAACACAGCCAGAAAACCACCUGUUGAUUGAAAUCGUAGUUUCCUUCUAUCGAGACGGACGCUGUCGGGAUAAGAACGAUGUCGGGCCGCUCCCGCGGGGUCCUCUCCCGCUUCCUUGAGCAGUCCAUCGUGAAGCUGUGCCGAGAGGCCGUCACCUACCGAAGCCGUCUCGAGAUAGAGGGCGUCCUCUGCGUCAGCGUUGACGACGGCAAUGAACACGUAAUAAAAAUAAGGGAAGUCUUCACUCAGGAAUGUAAUGGGGAUAAUGAGGAAAAUUUGAAAUCUCGCCGCCAGGAAAUAAAUGAGUAUCAGUCGAAUACGCUCAAAUCUCCCGCCAUUUUAUUGGGACUUGCAAAUAUGCCAGACGAAACAAUCCUACUCCAGCGUGGGCAGAAGGACUCUAAUGGUAAAUACUCAAGCAUUUCAAGUCAGCUGUUUGAGAUGCCGACAACAUCCAAAGGAACGCAAGACGAUACUCAGGAGAAUGAAAUAGACGUCGAAUGCAAGUCAUUGGCAAAACAUUCCGGGAAAGAAACACUGAGCUCUGAACCAGAAACCGUAGAUUUAGAUAAAAUUGCAAUAUCUACAGCCAAAGACAUUCUCUGCAAAAAAUGCGGCGAGACGCUAGCCGACGUAAAUGCGUUUGAUACUCACAACAUAACCUCACACGGUCAUUUUACGUGCCUUAUAUGUCUGUCCACGUUCACGUCAAGGAAUAAUAUGAAACGUCACAUCCGGCUCCACACCGGCGUCAAGCCGUACCGAUGCCACAAGUGUAGCGAAAGCUUCUCCCGAAACGACGACUUCAAGCGCCACUUGCUGCGCCACACAUUCCAGAAGCCGUACCGGUGUGUCGCGUGCCAGACCGGCUAUGCCGACCGCACCGGCGUGAAGACGCACAUGAUGAAAGAGCACGGAACAAACGUGUUCCACGCGUGCACGAUCUGCGGCGAAUGCUUCACCGACGCACGGAAGUUCCAAGAACACCGCGAGACUCACACGGAGAGUCAGGAAUACCGCUGCUCUUUGUGCGCGUUCAUAGGCUCAAAUGCGCUAAUGUACAAUAAGCACAUGCUGACACAUGGCGGCCAGCGGAAGUUCUCUUGCGCGCACUGUUCUUUAACUUAUACGGAUCCCUUUAGCUACACCAGUCACGUAAAGAAGCACAAGGGUGACCCGUCCGUGACGUCAUUCCAGUGCUGCUUUUGUGAGGUUGUCUUGGCGUCUUAUGAGCAGUUUCAGCGACACGAACAUUCGCACUUACAAUCGAAGCAACACACGUGCAACAUUUGUAAAAAACACUUCCGGUAUCCGUACAACCUUAGAGAACACAUGUUGACUCACAUUCCAAAAAAUGAGCUUAUAGGCCGCGCGGACGGCCAGAACGAAACAUCUAACCUGUCUGAAUGGUCGCCGUCAACUGACGACGAAACGGUCGAUAAAUCUCACGAAAGCCUAACUGAUAUAGACAAUGAUAAAGGCGAUAUGGAAGAAAACAACAAUGUUAUUGAGUUGCCAGUAUCAGCCAAUGAUGAAAAGGAGAGAAGUUAUGAUGAGGACAAGAACGGUUCCAGCGAGUACUGGUGUACCGAGUGCAAUCACGGGUUUGGUACAGAACACGAACUACAGGAACAUAUCGUAAUGAGACACGAACACGGGCCGGAAGGCCCCGCCAAUCAUCAGAGCGCAGACGAUAUGAUCGGUGACGACAAUGUUUUCUCUCGACGCGCGCAUUCGGCGACGGAAAACAACAUACCCGCGUUCAGUUACAUUCUGCCAUCAUGCCUCGAGGAGGGAAACUCGUCACCGCCGCUGGCAUCAUCGCACUGGAGCCACGCUGAGCGGGAUUCGCUGGCCACGGUCAGCCAUCUAACUCACAAACGAAAGUCUGGUCUGACGCCGGAGCGCAAAAUCAAACACUCACGACUGGAACAUCAGAAUGGCAGACCCUCAGUAGGCGAAGAGCUUCAGGGACUCUUGUAUCAGACAGGGCGCAGUUCUGAUUUUGCUUUAAAGGAUAACAUUUCAACAGAUGUCGUAACCACGCCCAAAUCAAAACGAGCCAUAACAACGUCUUUGAAAGGCAUGAAAUUGAAAAUAUGCUUGGAGCACGAUUCAAAUGCAGAUUCCUCGACGAUGCAGUCCGAUAUUUCUAACAUAUCGGAAGAUUCUUUUAUGGAGAAAGACGCAUCGUUCGUCUGUGAAAAUUCCAGCGACGUCGGAAACAAAUACAGCAAAUCAUCCGUGCUGGGCAUGGAUACAAACUUUUCUACCGUAACAAACAGUAACUCGCCGACUAGCAUCAACCUCAAAGUGCGCAAUCCAGGCUUCGAGAAGGUCAUUACACCCGAAGUCCUGUUCAACACAAAGGCGCCCUUCACGUGCGAGGUGUGCGACGAGACCUACAACGAUUUCGGCUCAUUCGACACGCACGGCGUCAAAGUCCAUCGCCGGUUCCUGUGCUCCUACUGCGGAAAGGCAUUUACGUCGCGGCCGAACCGCGAGCGCCACGUUCGCUACCACACGGGCGAGAAACCUUACCGCUGCGAUAUCUGCCCGGCCUCCUUCUUCCGGGGCGACGAUCUCAAGUACCACCGCACCACGAAGCACGUCGACGUCAAACCGUUCCUGUGUGGCGUCUGUCAAACGUCGUUCUGCUUUCCAAAGGAACUAGAGAAACACUUGAGACUGAACCCGGAUCACAAAUCCAGCGUAUAGCCGAGAUCGACAUCGCACAGCCUGAUUUGUCCAUAUGAAGAUAAGGGACUUAUCAGAUUUAUUUGUCCAUAUCGCUCCAUUGGUGCCUUUCCAUACGCAUACAAAUGUUGACCCCUUUGACAUUGAAUUUUAACUUAGGGUCCGCGUUUAGGUUUCGAAAAAUGCGUUUAGGUUUUGAAAAAUGCUCAUAAAUUCUAUCAAAUUGUUUAUCGGGGGCAUAUGUCAUCCUAUGGAGAUAGCUCUUGUUUAGAUUCUAUUCAUUAUUAUUGUAAAUUGUGUAUGCUUUGUACAAACAGUUCAGAUUAUAUACGGUGCAAUUGGGACCGUCAUAUUUAAACAGAAAUAACGCAUAUUUACAGAUGUAUAUAAUAACAGAUAUAUUUCAGUCGACGAAAAUUAAACAACGUUGUUUUGUCAACAUUAACAUUCCAUUAUUCUGUACAUAUUCACGCCGAAGUAACGUUUGUUGGUUUUUAUUUUGUUUAUAAGAAAAUACACAUAUAUUUAUGCUUCAAAAAGAUUUAUAUUUCAAAAAGUUGUUUCAACUCUUUAA